AUGUCAGCCUCUUCUACUACAGCCUCAAGUACAUUAUCGAGAAGCAGGGGAGCAAUAUUGGCUCUCACCAGUUGUGCCGCUGCAUAUGGAAUAUACUAUGUCUACAGCACAUAUGUCGCUGGAACGGAAGUCAAAACCGCUGGCAACGGGCUACAUCGAAGUAAUGCGGUCCACCGACGGCGACGCACACAAACAAGCGAUGAGCUUACAGCUACCGGCACUCAAUUCCAACCGAUCACACCAGGCGAAGACGAAGAUGCGAUUAUCGUAGCUAGACCUUUGACAGAUGGAGAUACAGUGGUGGAUGAUGGCCCAGGAUAUGAAGAUGGGCUCGACGUUCCAGGAAGGGCACCAACUGCAGAAAAUGAACGGAACGGUCAAAAUAUUGUUCAGCUUCUCUUUCGUGUUUCGGAAGAUGCCACAAGGCGAAAUGCAUACGUACAUAGGGGGUGUGGCUGUAACGCUUGUGGAAUAGUUCCCAUUCGAGGAAUCCGUUAUAGAUGUUCUAACUGUGCGGAUUUUGAUCUAUGUGAAUCAUGCGAAGCACAGGGUGUACAUACAAAGACGCAUAUAUUCUACAAAGUGAGAAUACCAGCACCAUCCUUUGGACCAAGGCAAAUACAACCUGUAUGGUACUGUGGAGAGCCUGAUAACAUGGAUCGGGUCAAGAUAUUGCCCAAGGAAUUGAUAGCGAAAUAUUCUCGCGAGACAGGCUUUGAGAGACCGGAAUUGGAAUCAUACUUCGAGCAAUGGAAUUUUAUGGCAAACACUCCUUGGCCAGAAGACCCUGAUGAUAUUCGCCUAGCUAUGGAUAGAAGAACAUUUGAACGGUGCUUGGUACCCAGUGGCGGUAACAGAAUCAAUAGCCCAACUCUCAUAUUCGAUAGGAUGUUCGCCUUCUACGAUAGCAACAGAGACGAUCUCAUUUCUUUUUCGGAAUUUCUCAAAGGUCAGGCAUACCGCAAACAAAAGGAUAAAUGGCAUGUAAUAUUUGCAGGUUACGACAUCGACGACGAUGGUUACGUUGACAGGAAAGACUUUUUACGAAUGUUCCGCUCCUAUUAUGUUUUAUAUCGUCAAAUGCAUAGAGAUAUGUUGGAGAGUCUUGACGAACAGCAAAUGAUGAGCUCGGAAGCACAUGCUCAGGUUCAUAGUCGUGGCGCUCUUGGGCAAUUGUUUGGUCAAGGACCAAGUCCAUUAGUAGAAUUGCGCGCUGGCGAGGGCAAAAGUGUCCGCGAUGGAGAGCUGGAGAUCCAUGAUGGAAGGGGCGUGUUGAGGCCAAGUGCUAACGACACUGGAAAUCGAGAUGAUACUCUCAUCAAUUUUGGGUUGGUUUCAACUUCUGAAGGGCGAUCCAUUGAGAGAACACGAGGCUACUGGCGAUUCUUGAUGGAACCACCCGCUGCUGAAGGCAUGUCUGAAAUUAUCGAUGCAAUCGUCCAAGAACGGCUAGCAGGGAGCUCUGGCGAUUCAGAUGAAUCUGAAGCGAUUCACCAAGCCAACUUCUUUGAGAACCCAUUUCUAGACCAUGCCGAGGUAGCGACCUUAUCUUUUGAACGGCGUCGACGUGACUUGAAUAUCACCGAUGAAGAUGUCCAAGCAGUUUGUGGACCAGAAUAUACACUAUCAAACAUUCCGGAAAAUGCUCGCCCCUUUGUUAUAAAGCACACUUUGAAAAGACACAAAGCCCGAAUUGCAUUGCACGAGCGAUGGAAGCGGAGACAAUUUUAUACUGACGAAGAAGAAGGAGCAUCACCACCAGCUGAUUGGAACGACGAGGAAGACAUCCCUACAAAUGGCCCUGGUGGAGAUACCUCUAAGUCUCAGUUUCAGCAACGGCCGAGUAUUCAUUCUCGGUCGUCCUCCAAGGUACGAUUUGCAGAAGACAUGGAUGACUUUGAUACUCGCUCAAAUCCUUCAACAUCCUCGCGAAGCGUGCCUGAACGAUGGGGUGGUAUGGAUAUACCUGAUGCAGAAAAGGAUGUAGGAAAGGAAAUCUUAUACCAAGUCACACAACAAGCCUAUAAUGAACUUCUGGAUCCAUUGUUUCAGGCCAAAGAAGAUUUGGCGGUGGCUGUCUUGGAAUCAAGAGCGGAACGCGACAAACAUCGACAUCAUUUCAGUGAUAAGAAUUUUGUGAAGUGGGCUACGGCAAGGAAAAUUGAAGAAGAGAUGCCAGACCCCAGCGAGAUCGUUCAUCCAAUAGGUGGCGGUCUCAUUGAGAGAACAGACAUCCCUAAUAUUGAUCUCGGUCCACGGCCCGAUAUUUUUAACGAUCUCAAUGCACGGACUGUGUGGCCUAAUAUCCCUGAGAUAGAAGUUGAAGAUGUACGCGAAAGGCAGCUAGAUGAGCUCCUGGCAGCUACGGGUUACGAAGUCGAGGAGCCUGAUAAUGCCAAUGCUCUACCCGACGUGGUAAUUGUCUCUGACGUUGUGCUAUCAACUUCCUCUCACGAAUUUGAUCUUGAAAUGGCGGUACUCGAAUUCAGACGGAGCCCCCAUAUUAGGGACAAUCCUUUGAAGGCAUGGAACACAUAUGUUAAUGAACACAAUAUCACCCUCGAUCACCAACGUGAUCUUCUCAAUGCUUUGCAACCCCUCUUACCACCACCUAUAUUCUUUUAUAUUGACGUACAUCUUAAAGAGAAAGAAGAAGAGCGUGCUGAAGCUUUUCUUUUUACCAGCCUUCAAUUGUCCGAUUAUAGAGAUCCUACACUGCCUCAAUUCAGACCCAAUUCUGUUACUGACAAUGUUCUUUUGGAUAGACCAGUUGGAGAAUAUCAGGCAGACCCCGAAUUAUCGAUUCCGAAAACUCCAGCUGCAAGCUCCCAGGUCGAGGAGGAAGAAAAAUUGCCAAGUGACGAGGUACUAUAUAAGUUGUGGGAGAUGGAAAAUGCGGAGAAAGAGGGCAAGAACCGAGGUGGAUUGGGAAAAAUCACUUUCGAGGAGUUUGACCAGUGUGUUAAGAAGCUGACGGCAAAUGGGAGGGCGAAUUCGAUGGACUAUUUGGGAAGCUGGAUUGAGUUCUGCAUCCCUUAG